AAAUAAAACCAUUGUACGGUCAUUCUAUUUCUAUACAUGUAUACAUGUGUGUCUGAUACAAAAUAUUGUAAAUCUUACCUGAACUAGUCUGGUGAAGAUUCCUGUAAGAUUUAUUAUUACUUGUUCAGCUUAAAUAAAUAUGAAUGCAUCUUUUACACACAAAAAUGAUAUAAUAGCUAAAUACAACACCUUUUAGAUGACAUACAACUUAAUUAUUAAUUAUCUUUUAGAAAAAAUAAUACAAAAGCAAAAACAAAAACAAAUGUAUUUUCUAUAGUUUGACCUUUUUUCCAGAUGGCUGAAGCCUGUGUGAACACCAGUAAAUUACCAAUACAGUGUCCGGUAUGUCUUGACACUUAUCAAAGACCACGUACAUUACCAUGUUUGCACUCGUUUUGUUCCACUUGUCUCCAUAGUCACAUAACAAACGCUGGCCAGAACGCGCACUUUUCUAGCUUUCUUUGUCCUGUUUGUCGAGCUAAUACGAGACCACCACGCCCUUAUUCUGGGAAAGACACAUGGACGGAGCAAUUUCCUAUAAAUCAUUGGAUAGUAUCAGUCAUUGAUGAAGCCACUGUUACACAACAAGAUGACGCAAUAUACUGUGAUUUACACCCAGACUCCAAAGUUAACCUGUAUUGUUUCGAUCAUGAGACUGUUUGCUGUCCGAUGUGCGUUGCGACUGCACACAGAAAAUGCGAUCAUGUUGACGAGAUAGAAAAAGUAUUAGCGUUAUCUGAUUAUGAACACGAACGACAGGAACUUGUAGCGAACAUUAAACAUUCGGAAGACGUUCUUACAGACCUUGCGGCUAAAUGCGCACUUGCUGAUAGUAAUCUUCAAAUUGAUAAAGACAAAAUGACCAACGCCGUUGAAAAAGAAUAUACAGCAGCUGUAGAACACUUGGAUACAUUAAAACAAUCAGCAAUGGAUAAAGUUGAACAGAAUUGUAGACUCCUAUCAAACGAAAUACUUACCAAAAAACUAAUCUGUAAUAAAGGAAAACAAACUUGUAAACAAGUUAAAGACAUGUUAAUGGAAACUAGAGAAAGAAAUACACCCUUUGCAAGUUUUAUACAGUCCAUUUCUGCCCAAAACCCUUUAAAAAGAAAGCGUUUUAUGUCGUUUUUCGAAUGA